GGAACCUGAAACAACAUAAUCUUGAAAGACCAAGCUCAAGCAAAGGUCCUCUGUUGUUUAAUUAGUAGCAUACAUGUUGAUUCAAUGCACCAAAAAGAUGAAAACAGAAUGAGAUUGUAUGAGACUAAGACCUUGAUCUUGAUAGAUAUGGAGAUGGAGUGAGAUAUGAUUGUAAAACCUUCUCAAGAUUUCUAGUCCUCUUUGAGCCAAAGCAUUUUGCCCUUUUUGUCUGACAUGGCUUAUUUCGGAUCAGAAAUCCAGGCCAACGGUUUGAGAAGAUACCAGGGCCUACAGCCUGUAGUUUGUUACAUAUUCCAUGGGAAAGAAAACAUGAAUCGCCAGAAAACAGUUAUAAAAGACCAAGUUUGAGCAAAGAUCCUUUGUUGUUUUAUUAGUAGCAUACAUGCUGUAUCAAUACACCGAAAAAGUAGAAGAUAGAAUGAGAUUGUUUGAGACCAAGUCCUUGAUCAUGAUGGAGAUGGAGAUGGAGUGAGAUAUGAUUAUAAAAUCCAUUUCAAGGUAUCUGGUCUAUUUGUCAUUCUUUGAAGACAAAGCAUUUUGCCCUUGUUGUCUGACAUGGCUAAUUUUGUAUAAAAAUCCAGGCAGUACUGGAAGUGCUUCUUCAUACAGGAAUUUAUCCUGAAGCUGUAAAUAGUAUUGUAUAUGACGGAUUCUUUCAAGAAAUUAUAGAUAUUUGGAGACAUAUGAAGAACAUGCUUAGCCACAAUUCAUGUUUCAGAAUAGCAGUGCAGGACGAACCUGAAGGGAUUGAAAUUUUUUAUGAGAAAAUCUAAACCAUUUUUAAUGGUAUUGACCUUUCCAACAACAGUUUCCAUGGGAGAAUACCAGAAGAAAUACAAUUUCUCAAAUCACUCAAAGUGCUUAACUUAUCCUAAAAUAGCUCUUUAGCCACUUUCCAUUAGCACUUGAGAAACUAAAAGACCUUGAGUCUUUGGACCUCUCACAGAACAAACUUUCUGGGAAGAUUCCUCCUCAACUUGCGAGUCUAACUUUCCUGGAAGCACUAAACCUGUCUUACGACCAACUUGAAGGGAGCUUACCACAAAGCAACCAAUUCAAUACAUUUUCAAAUGAUUCUUACAAGGGGAAUCCAAGAUUAUGUGGGCUGCAUUUGUCGAGGAAAUGUGAUGAAGUUGGUGUUCCAAUGCCCCUUCCAAAGAAAGAUGUAGAUUCAUGGGUAGAUGGCAUAUCUGUUUGGAAAAUUGCAUUGAUCGGUUAUGGUAGUGGAUUGGUUAUUGGUUUAUGUAUGGGAUAUACGGUGUUGAAUGAGUUCGGAAACAUAUGACUGGACAAAUUCAAAAGGAAAGGGCAAAGGAACAAGAGAAGCAUCAAAAUUCAUGUUUCAAAAUAGCUGUGCAGGAGAAACCAGAAACAAGAUAUGGUAUGUAAGGAAAGGAGACAGGCAUAACAACAAAUAAUCUUAAAAGACCAACAUUGAGCAAAGAUCCUUUGUUGUUAAAUUAGUAGCAUACAUGCUGUAUCAAUGCACCAAAAAAGACGAAGACCAAAUGAGAUUGUUUGAGACUAAGUCCUUGAUCAUGAUGGAGAUGGAGAUGGAGUGAGAAUCCGGUCUAUUUAUCAUUCUUUGAAGCCAAAUCAUUUUGCCAUUCUUGUCUGGCAUGGCUUAUUUUGUAUGAAAAAAUCCAGGCCAAUGGUUUGAGAAGAUACAAGGGCCUGCAGGUUGCUGUUUGUUACCUAUUCCAUGGAAAAGAAAGCAUGGAUUGCCAGGAUACAGUUAUACAUUCUUUGUAAAGGCUUAUUCUACUUAUCUGUAACUUAUGAGUUAUUAAAUUGCUGCUUCAGCUGCAUCUUAUGUGCGGUGACAGGUGUCCAAAACCAAAGGUGGUCGCUUACUAUGGAGCAUCAACAUAGAUUGUCUCCAUUGGUUGAGAAGACAAAUGCAGUAGUGGAGACAUCUGUUGGCAAGUCAAUCAUUGAACAUCGUAGGAUUUGUAGGAUCAAAAUAAUGGAGCAAAGUAAUCCGAUGAAAGGCAUGGUGGAUUCUUUCAAUGUUUCGGUGGCUGCAGGCAUAGUCAUGCACCGUGCUGUUUGUGACAGAAUAACUCUCCUGUAUUUAUUGCUGAAAUCGCACCAAAGAAACUAUAAACCGGCUUAUGAUCUGCAGUGGGGUAUCUGUUGCCUUCAUAAUAGGGCAGUUCUAACUUGGAGGGCUUUAGCAUUAACAGGUAAAAAGUUUCUUAUCCAUUUAUUCAAAGCACAAGGAUUCACAACAUUCUUCUGCAAAACCAUGUGUACUGUGUGUGUGAGUGUGUUUCUAAAGCUAGAUAAGACAAGCUGGGACUCACAAGUGGAGUGAUUGCAGGACUUAUUUCUUGUUGAAUUCUAGUCUUUGGACUCUUUAUCAUUCCAGAGUCUUCCAGAUGGCUGGUAUGAAAUAGCAGUGAAAAGAUAAUGGAAUCCUUUUUUUACCUUGAGUUAUAGUAACAUUAAAUGGGAAUUGGAUAAAAAUCUUAGAUUUA